AUGCCGGAACCGGUGAAGAUUAAGGGCACUGCCACUCGACAAGAGCUCCUCAAAGAUAGUGAAACUCUUUCCUACCGUAAACCAUUGCCUUUAAGCACUACUGGCUUCUAUGAGGGAGUGAUGAUCGAUGAUCACUUGGGAGUUCAGCUCUUGCCUCGCUUGUCUUCUCGAAAGCGCGCUCUCGCGCAACCUGGAAGAGACGAAGCGGCCUUUGCAUCAGCUGAGGAGGCUUACGCCAAGGUUGGAUUAGAAGCCCACCCCAAGAAACGACGGAGACGAGUUCUACAUGCGCAGGUUUGGGGAGCUGAAAUUGAAGGUGAGAAGGGUCUUGUUGGCCCUAACAGAGGACGACUUUUUCAACUGGCAAAGUUUUCGGCCGAACUAGCAAAGCCGGGAGGGGUAGAUUUGAAAAUCGUCGAGGCUGUGACGGGGUUAUGGGCCCAUUGCGCUCAGUACAGGCACGUUUGCACGCAGCUGCGCUGUGGCGUUCCGCCCACGGCCAUCGAGCUGCAGGAGGUGCCUGGAUUACCGCAGGUCUUGACCUCCACGCUCUUGCAAACGCACGUCUCGGACGGGCGGAGCGGCGGAGCGGAUGGCGGUCAUGUGAUGUCAGGUAUGCUGACUCCUCGCUCGCAUGCAGACGACCCGUUGCCAGGGCAGAGCAGGGAUGGGAGUGAGGUGGAGGCAGUGGUCAUCCAUCACACUGGAGAGGCCGAAGAUCCUGGACAGCGCCAGGCCGACCGCUGCGGUGAACGGGACACCCUGUGCGUUUCGUCCCAAGUGGGCUGCCGCUUGAAGUGCCGCUUCUGCGCCACAGGCACCAUGGGCUUGUUGGGCAACCUUUGGGCGGGCGAAAUCCAAGAGCAGCUGGUCCAUGCACGGAUGCGCAAGGGCCAUGCGGACUCGGUCUGCAACGUGGUCUUCAUGGGCAUGGGUCCCUCGGAGAUCUCAGUGAUCUUCGGCAGUUCCAGACGCGAACCGCUGGAGAACUACGAGGCCGUGAGCUCUGCGGUGAAGGGCUUCGUGGAUCCAAUGCGCUUCGGCCUGGCGCCCAGCAGCCUGACCGUGUCCACAGUGGGGAGCUCGCCACAAAACAUGCAGCGCUUAUUGGAGGAGCUCCCGAAGAUUCGACUUGCGGUGAGCCUCCAUGCGCCCAACCAAACCUUGAGAGAAGAGCUGGUGCCUGCGGCCAAGGCUAUUCCGAUCGACAAGCUCUUGGCCAUAGUGGACGAUUAUGCGAAGAGGGGAGAGGGCAAGCGCUUGCGGACCGUGAUGAUGUCCUACGUGCUGUUAAAGGACGUCAACGACUCGGUGCUGCACGCGCGGGAGCUGUCGGAGCUCUUGGCCAACAAGCCGGUCAUUGUGAACCUCAUUCCCUACAAUCCCUUCGAAGGCAACGUCUACGGCUACGAGGAACCCUCUCCACAGACUGUGGAUCGGUUCUUGCAGGUCCUGGCCGAACACAACAUCAGGGUCUUCGAGCGGCGGCAUCAUGGCCGGGACAUCGCAGCGGCCUGCGGCCAGCUGGCCAAAAUCAGCAAAGCAAGCCCUUCACAUGCUGACAUUGAGAACUGUGGCGUGGCACUGAACAAGGAGCUGGUUCGGAGGAAGUCUUCACGGCUUCGGGAGACUUCCAACUGGCAGCCUUGGUUGGUGUUGGGCGCUUUCAGUGUGCUCGUAGUGAGUGCUGCAGUUUACCACCGUGGGCGGUCUGCCAGGUGA